AUCAGCUUAAGACACGCAUCUCUCACGCCCCGUCCCGAAGGACCUUGGCCCAGUUCCAAAGCCUUUCAGACGUUUCCCUCCCAGCCCUGCCUCCACAGGCUCUUUUAGCUACUCUCUCUCCCUCCUGGAAACACAGCCCAGCCCUCACAACCCUGUGCUCCCCAAAUAGACCAUCUCGACCUCCUUCCCCAGGAUCUCUGAGCCUGAGUGCCUCCGAGUUAGUCGUCCCCCACCCCCGCCACAAAUCUUGGGAAUCCGCGCUCUUCCGGCGCCCUCCCACCAGACCCCUCCCGUGUUCUUCCAGCCACGCCCCUUUCAGCCCUCGAAGCCCCACCCCUCACAAUGCCCUCAGCCCCGCCCUCUACAGGUAUCCUUCCCCCUCCCCUCUCAAGGCUCCGAAGCCCCGGCCUGGACGGGUUUCUGACUCCCUGCUGAGGUUCGCCAGCCCCAACCCUCUCCGGCCCCGGCAGCUCUGCCCUCCCCUGAAGCCCCGCCCCUCAGGCCCACCCAGUCCCUCUCCUCAGAGGCCUUUUCAGUCCCGCCCUUCGUCGUCCUCUACAGCUCCGCCCCUCGCAAGGGCUACAGUCCCGCCCUCACAGGCCCUCCCAACCCUGUCCCUCACAAGGCCUACAGUCCCGCCCCCACAGGUCCCGCCCCUGGCAGGACCCCGAAGCCGCGCCCAUCGCAGCCUUCUAGCCCCGCCCCUCGCAGGGCUCCCCUAACUCAUCUGCUCAUAGCACCCGAGCUCCCCGCAGGUCUCGUGGCCUCCUCGGCCUCUCCUCCCCAGUCUCCCCUCCCACGGCUUUCUUCGGUGGCCUUGGUCCCUCCCCGGCUGCUGUCCUCAGGCCUCAUUGGCCCCUCAUCUCCCCAGUAACCAGACCACAACAGUGAGCUUGGAGCAUCCAGGACAUGUCAGGCACUCCAGCCCAGCAGGUCCUGUGCAACAGGCACUGGGGACAGGGAGGGACUUCGGGAGCGCCCUCUGGUGGGGAAACGCACAGGCUCCAGAAUGGAGGUGGAGCCGGGCAGAUGGGCGGGCCAAGCCUGGGGAGUGGAACGGCCGGGAAGACUUACUGCAGAAGUUUGAGCGGGGCCCAGAACUUCUCUCAGGAAUUACCAACAGGAGAAGGAAGGGAAGAGUGUUUCCGCAGAGAGAACAGCAUAUGACUAGAGCAAGCUUUCUCAGUCUCCACAUUGUUGACCCUUGGGGUCAGAUGUCAGAUCAUUCCCUGCUAUCCGGGGGACUGUCCUGUGUGUUGGAGGAUGCUCAGUGCAUCCCUGGCCUCUACCCACUUCAUGUCAGUAGCACCCCCCAACCUGCCCCAGCACCAUACCAUCAAAAGUGUCUUUAGACAUGGCCAUAUGUCUUUAAGGGGGCACAAUUGCUCCUGGUUGAGAACCACUGGGCCGUGAGAGAUGGGGAGCUAGUGGACGAGACCGGAGAGGUGGGUAGGGUCGGGUCUGUGGGCCCUUGAACACCAGGGUGAAGAACUGGGACUUUGUCCUGGAGAUGCUGGCGCGCCAGGGAGGCCUGUGACAGCUCUAGGUAUAGAAAGACCUCUGGAGCUGUGAGGGGAGGCCAGGAGGUUAGGGAGGAGGCUGGGGUGAUGGCGUGACGGUCCAGAAAGGGGAGGAUGAGGCCUGAGCCAGGGGGAUGGGCUGAGAGCGAGGAGGCGGGAGGUGGGGCUGAGGAAGGCUGGGCAGUGGGCUGAAGGGGAGGGAGGGAACAGCAGUGGUGCCCCGGGGGUCUUGGCACCUGUCCUCAGCUUUCCCAAGUUCCAGGUCCUGUGCUUCUGGUCCCUGAGGACUGUGAGUCCUCCGAGGAGUGCCCUCUAGUGGGGAAACAUGUGUGCCCAAGCCCCGGGUAGGAGUGGGUUUAGGGGAAAAAUGCGAAGGUCGGCUUGGGGUACAGGAAGUGUGAAGGGAUGAGGGAGCUUGAGGGAUACAGGAACUGAGGUGCAGCCCUAGAGUGGUGUUGGGAACUGGGUCUGCAGUUCAGUUGAAGUUUGUGAGACCCUCAGGGAGCCAGAAUUCCUAGGUGCUGGGGAGGGAGGGGCUGGAACCUGGAUUCCUAUGGAGUCCCUCCCUGGCCUGGUCCCACCUCAGUGGAUUGGGAGCUGAGCAGACUGCAGCGGCAAUGCAAAGUGAUGGAGGGUGAAAGGCGAGCCUACAGCAAGGAGGUCCACCAGCGCAUCAACAAGCAACUGUGAGCCAAGCACCUGGGGCCCUGGAGCUGGGGCGGGGCUGUUGAGGAGUGAGGAGAUCCAGCGCCUGGAGGGGGUGCGGGACAAACUGCAGGUCCAGAUCAGCAUUGCCCAGAGCCACGUCACGCGGCUGCAGGACAGCAAGAAGCUGGAAAACAUGGGUCACCUGCUCAAGUGCCGGGUCCGGGCGCAGGCUGAGGUCAAGGAGCUGCAGGAGCAGACCAGAGCCCUGGACAGGCAGAUCCAGGAAUGGGAGAGCCGGAUCUUUGCCCAUGGGAAGGAUGUCAAGGCCUCGGGAUGCAUCCUGGAUCAGAAGAUCAAGAGCCAGCGAAGGGUCAAGAUCCUUGAAGACCAGUUGGACAGGGUCACCUGUCGCUUUGACAACCAGCUGGUUCGGAAUGCAACCUUGCGGGAGGAGCUGGAUCUCCUGCAGAUCGAGAGGAACCGCUAUCUGAAUGUGGACCACAAGCUGCAGAAGGAGUUGCAGCUCCUGCGGGACACGGUCAGGACCCUCAUGGUCUCCUCCACCUCUGCCUACACCAUCAGGGAGGAGGCGAAGGCCAAGUUAGGCAUGCUGCGGGAGAGGGCAGAGAAGGAGGUGGCCCAGAACGACACGGAGGUGCAGAUCUUGCAGCGGCAGAUCGCGCACUUGGAGCAGCUGCACCGCUUCCUCGAACUCAAGAACAGCGAUCGGCAGCCGGAUCCCGCCAUCGUGGAGAAGCGCGAGCAACGGGCCCGGGAGGUGGCCGAAGGCCUCCGGAAGACCUCCCAGGAGAAGCUGGUGCUGCGCUACGAGGACGCCCUGAAGAAACUGUCCCAGCUGACCGGGGAGAGCGACCCGGACUUGCUGGUGGAGAAGUACCUGGAGUUGGAGGAGCGGAACUUCGCAGAGUUCAAUUUCAUCAAUGAGCAGAACUCAGAGCUGGAGCGUCUGCAGGAGGAGAUCAAGGAGAUGCAGGAGGCCUUGGAGAGCGGGCGCCGCAGCGAGGAGGACCGUCGCUCGAGGCAAGAGCAGCAGCUGGCCGAGUUGCAGCAGCGCGUGGACGAGGUGCACACGGAGGCCGAGAACCUGGAGGCCCGCUUCCAGAACUUUCGCGGGCAGCUGGAGAAGCUCAAGACCGAUAUCCAGCACCUCUUCACCAGGGCCCAGUGUGACAGCACGGUCAUCGAUGACCUCCUAGGGGUCAAGACCCACAUGAGAGACCGGGACAUAGGCCUCUUCCUGGGCCUCAUAGAGAAGCGGCUGGUGGAGCUCCUGACGGUGCAGGCCUUCCUCGAAACCCAGAACAACCUCUCUGCCAGCUUGCCUGACGCUGCCCUCCUGGUGCUGGGCCAGAGCCCCGAGGAUCUUCCCAAGAAAGUGGCCCCACCUCAGCCCCCUGACCAUCUUGAGGACCCCCCAGGCUUUGAGGCCAACGAUGACUACCCGCUGAGCGAGGGGGAGCUGCUGAGCUACGUGGUGAAGUCGCUGGAGGCCCGGGAGCAGGCGAAGGGUCAGUACCUGAAGCAGCAGGCUGAGGCCGUCACGAAGGUGGACAGCAGCCCAAGCGUGACCCUCUCCAGCACCCAGGCCAGCUCCAGCCUGCCCCUGUUGCCCAAGAGCCCCAGCGCUGUCCCCGGCUCCCUCACGAGCCACAGGGCUAGCAGCAUCCUGGCGUCCAGCGGAGGCCGCGCCACCAGCUCCAACGUCGGCCGUGUCAGCUUUAGGGACCCCAGCUCCAGUGCAGGCCACGCGACCUUCGGCUCCACCAGACCCGUCACCGGGGGACUUAUGUCCAGCCGGGGCUCGACUGAGGGCCGAGCGAUCGUCACAUCCCCCAACUCUAGCAGCUACCCGGGGUCCACUGGAUACUUGGGGUCCAGCAGAGGCCACGAGAGCUUUGGGGGCCCGGAGAGCAAAGGCCCUGAGUCAGAAUCGAGUGGAGGCCUCAAGUCCAGCAGAGGCCACGUCUCAAGCACUGGCCCUGCCUCUAGCACCGGCCGGGUCUCCACCACCAGCAAAGAUUCCCAGAGCAAAUACUAGGGGCACCCAGCCCCAGCCCGGCCUCUGGCUCCUUGCAGGGCCUUCUCUGGGUCUCUGCCUCUUAAUUUCCCCUAUGCCUCUCCAUCUUUCUCACCCAGCUCCGGGUGACCUGCCUGCACACCUGUCUGCAUCUCCCCUUCACUAUGUCUCUGCAUCUCUUCCCAUCAGCUCCCCGUCAUCUGUCGCCUGGUCCCCCUCUCUGUUUCCAACCUGCCCUUCCCUUUCGGUUCCCUAAUCUUCUGUUCUCUAGGCUUCCCGUUCAGUGUGUCUCUGUCCUGUCUCCAUGUUUGUCUCCCCAUCUCUACUCUGACCUCUCUGAUUAUCCCCCCCACCUCCUGUUUCGGCUUCCGCAUUUCUAACUCCCUCUCCUCUCCUCCGUCUCCCAGGCCCUCCUCGCAUCUCAUGUCCUUGUCUCUGUAGCUCCUCAUUCCUUGUCCUCAAGAGUCCCCAGUACUGACCAGUGGGGGAAGGAUGGGGGCAAAGACAUCAGGGUCAGCAUGAACUGUGACCAUAGGAAAUAAAGGCCAGAGUCUGAUUUUUACCCCAGCCUGGUUACAAGCGUAUAUGUGAGUGAGUGAGCAUAAGACAUGGCUGUUUCCUCUACCUUUGGCCCAGGAGAAAAUGUAUGACCCUGUCCCUAUUCCCUGCCAUUCAUUCAUUUACUCACUUUUUUUUUUUUUUUUUUUUUGAGACUUGC